UUUUUGAGGAGGCUACGCCGUGAGUAGCGGCUACAUCAGGUGCUGCAAUACCACCUGAAAUAUUACCUUUUUACAUAACGUGAAGGACAAGAAAGAUACUUUCGAUAGGCCUCUUGGCCUGACGAUUCACGCAACCCAGUGAUCAGAAAUCAGUGACGCUCUUUAUGUUGUGACAAAAUGAACGUUAUUCACCAUGCGACAGCUCCAGAUGCAGCGUCAAGGCCCCAGCGCGUUGGCGUCCUGAUCAAUGUGACAGGUUGGGCGCAUACCCGCGCUGUCCGAUUGGCGAAAGUGCAGACCGCUGUGGUCCCGUCAACCCUUGUCCUUGGGCACCUUGCAACUUGUCCGCGCCUGCGUCAACGAACGCGGCAGGUGCGCACAUGUAGCUCCCAGCCCACUACGCCGUCGUACAACCUCCCCGAGUAUGGAAACGGGGCCUCCACCUCCAGUGUGUCUGACCCAGCGGCCAGUACCUGGGAUACUUCUCAACAACCCUCAACUUCGGGUCAGCAGACCCGGUCACCAAAUGCGCCACGCCGUGUGUGCAUUUUCGUUGAGCCGUCACCCUUUACCUACGUAUCCGGCUACAAGAACCGCUUCACCACCAUGAUCAAGUACCUGGUGGAGGCGGGCUGCGAAGUGCUGGUCGUCACUACAGGCAAGGGCUUCACACUCCCAAGCGUGGACAGCUCAAGCUUCUGUGACCAGCCUGAGACGUUUUGUGGUGCGCGAGUGGUUUCGGCGCUUAGCUUUGGAUGCCCCUGGUACCUGCAAGUGCCCCUCAGCUUCGCGCUGUCCCCGCGUAUUUGGCGGGAGGUCAGGGACUUCCGGCCCGAACUCAUCCACUGCUCCUCCCCAGGCGUUAUGGUCUUUGCCGCAAAAUUUUACGCCUGGCUGCUCAAGUUGCCGAUUGUACUGUCGUAUCACACGCACGUACCGUCAUACCUUCCGCGGUACGGUAUCCAGUGCCUGGUGCCCGCCAUGUGGGGCUUCCUGCGCAUCCUGCACGUCACGGCGCACCUGACCCUCACCGUCAGCCCCGCCAUGGUGGACGAGCUAGUGGCGAACCGGGCGGUGAAUGACCGCAAGCAGGUCCAGGUGUGGAAGAAGGGUGUCGACUCGGAGACCUUCCACCCUCGCUUCCGCUCCGAAGCCAUGCGCACUCGCCUCACGGGCGGCCACCCCGAACGGCCCGUCAUUGUGUACGUUGGGCGGCUGGGCUUUGAGAAGAACCUUUUCUUUCUGAGGGAGCUGCUGAAUCGCAACCCAGGUGUCAGUUUGGCGUUUGUGGGCGACGGUCCCGCGCGCUCGGAGCUGCAAGCCACCUUCAAGGGCACACCUACUACCUUCUUGGGCAUGUUGCAUGGUGAGGACUUGUCCGCCGCUUACGCCUCCGCGGACAUCUUCGUGAUGCCCAGCGAGAGUGAGACGCUGGGUUUCGUGGUGCUGGAAGCCAUGGCUUCGGAGCUGCCGGUGGUAGCAGUACGAGCUGGAGGCAUCCCGGACAUUAUAUGCCCCGAGGACAGCGCAGGCGUCACGGGCUUCCUGUACGAGCCGGCGGAUGUGGACAAGGCUUCGGAGCUGAUCGGAACUCUGGCAGCCAACCCUGAGCUGAGGGCCCGUGUGGGUGCUCGCGCACGCCAGGAGGUGGCCAAAUGGGACUGGCGGGCGGCCACCAUGUACUUGCUGAACGUGCAGUACCCCAUCGCCAUGGCAGCGGCAGUGGCACAAUACGGCAAGGCUCUGGGCUCUGUCGCCCAAGGUUUCCUUGACCAACAGCAGCAGCAGCUGACCCCAAGCCCGGCGUGA